CGGCUGGGGAAUAGCGGGACUGGGCUGGAGACGCCUCCGCUGCUCCUCCCGCUCCCUCAUCUCGCACAUCCCAGCACCCAGAGCCGGGAGCCACCCUCCAGCCGGGGAUGCGGGAGCCUUCCCGACACCGGCCACUCCAUCAAGUCCUGUCUCCUCACGCUGCAGACGGAUCUGGGGGAAAAGUUUUGAUGACCUUAUUUUCCAGACAUCUGAUUAUCCUGAGGGGCUGCUGAGAUGUUCCAACAAGCCUUGUUUCCCACUCUUCUUUGUGUGGCUCUAGUUCCUCUCCAUGCUGCUCAGCUUGAUGUGGAUGUUGAUGUCAGUCCUACUUCUUGUGCAGAAAAGAGGAACUGUCCCAUCAAUGUCUACUUCAUCAUUGACACCUCGGAGAGCGUGGCUCUGCAGACUGUGCCCAUCCAGAGCCUUGUGGACCAAAUAAAGCGAUUCAUCCCCAUGUUCAUUGAUAAACUGGAGAGCGAGCUCUACCAGAAUCGAGUCUACAUCACCUGGCAGUUUGGUGGGCUCCAUUACUCAGACGUGGUAGAAAUUUACAGCCCUUUGACAAGCAGCAAAGACAUUUACCUGCCCAGGCUGUCUGCCAUCAAGUACCUGGGCCGGGGCACCUUCACGGACUGUGCGAUUUCCAACAUGACCCAGCAGAUCCAGACCCAGAUGGCUAACGGCGUGAACUUCGCAGUGGUCAUCACUGACGGCCACGUGACAGGCAACCCCUGCGGGGGGAUGAAGAUGCAGGCUGAGAGGGCACGAGACAUGGGCAUCAAGCUGUUUGCGGUGGCCCCCAGCGAGAAGGUGUACGAGCAGGGCCUGCGGGAGAUCGCCAACCUGCCGCAUGAGCUCUACCGCAACAACUACGCAAUCACCCAGAGAGAUACCCUGGAGAUCGACAUCAACACCAUUGACAGGAUCAUUCAGGCUAUGAAACACGAAGCCUACGGGGAGUGCUACAAGAUGAGUUGCCUGGAGAUUGCAGGUCCACCUGGUCCCAAGGGAUACCGAGGGCAGAAGGGUGCAAAGGGGAACAUGGGUGAGCCAGGUUCCCCUGGGCUGAAGGGACGACAGGGCGACCCAGGAAUUGAAGGUCCAAUCGGAUACCCUGGUCCCAAGGGUGUCCCAGGGCUGAAAGGAGAGAAGGGAGAAAUUGGAUCUGAUGGACGGAGGGGUGCCCCUGGCUUGGCAGGAAGGAACGGCACAGAUGGACAGAAGGGCCGGCUGGGGAGAAUUGGACCACCAGGAUGCAAGGGUGACCCUGGUGACAAGGGCCCUGAUGGCUACCCAGGAGAUGCAGGAGACCAAGGAGAAAGGGGAGAUGCAGGCAUAAAGGGGGAUCCUGGACGGCCUGGUCGCAGUGGACCCCUGGGGCCCCCAGGGGAAAAAGGAAGCCCGGGACUUCCAGGCAACCCUGGAGCUCAAGGGCCUGCUGGAACCAAGGGGGGGAGAGGUGAAGUGGGACCUCCUGGACCCAAAGGAGAGGCUGGGCGACGUGGAGAUCCAGGGACAAAAGGCAGCAAAGGCUCUCCUGGAGGCAUAGGAGAAAGGGGAGAUCCUGGUCCAGAGGGUAUUCGUGGUCUGCCCGGUGAGGUUGGAAACAAAGGAGCUAGGGGAGAACAAGGACUGCCAGGACCUCGAGGCCCUUCUGGUGCUGUGGGAGAGCCAGGCAGGAUAGGAUCACGUGGGGACCCUGGUGACUUGGGCCCAAGAGGUGAUGCUGGACCACCAGGACCAAAGGGUGACAGAGGCAGGCCUGGUUUUAGCUACCCUGGACCCAGAGGACCUCAGGGUGACAAGGGUGAGAAGGGGCAGCCAGGACCCAAGGGAGGACGGGGUGAGCUUGGACCAAAAGGAGUACAAGGGACCAAAGGAGAGAAGGGGGAGCCGGGUGAUCCUGGCCCAGGAGGAGAGCCUGGACAGCGUGGUCCACCUGGUGAAGCAGGCCCAGAGGGAACCCCUGGCCCACCAGGAGACCCCGGUCUGACUGACUGUGACGUGAUGACCUACGUGCGAGAGACGUGCGGAUGCUGUGACUGUGAGAAACGCUGCGGUGCCCUGGACAUCAUGUUUGUCAUAGAUAGCUCCGAGAGUAUCGGAUACACCAACUUCACCCUGGAGAAGAAUUUUGUUGUCAACGUGGUCAGCAGGCUGGGCUCUAUUGCCAAGGACCCCAAAUCACAGACAGGUGCCCGUGUUGGGGUGGUGCAGUACAGUCACGAGGGGACUUUUGAAGCCAUCAAGCUUGAUGAUGAGCGCAUCAAUUCCCUGUCAAGCUUCAAGGAAGCGGUGAAGCGCCUGGAGUGGAUCGCUGGAGGCACCUGGACGCCGUCUGCCCUUCAGUUUGCCUACAACAAGCUCAUCAAGGAAAGCAGGAGAAAGAAAGCCCAAGUGUUUGCUGUGGUGAUCACAGACGGGCGCUACGACCCCCGGGAUGAUGAUAAGAACCUUGGGGCUCUUUGUGGUAGAGAUGUAGUGGUCAACACCAUCGGCAUUGGAGACAUGUUCGACCAGCCAGAGCAGAGCGAGACCCUGGUCUCCAUUGCCUGCAAUGAACCCCAGCGAGUCCAGAAGAUGAGGCUCUUCUCAGACCUGGUGGCAGAGGAGUUCAUUGACAAGAUGGAGGACGUGCUCUGCCCAGAUCCACAGGUUGUCUGCCCCGAGCUGCCCUGCCAGACAGAUGACAGGAACCUUGGGAGCGUAAACCCAGUUAUUUUCCGCCCCAUGGAAGAGGGAGUCAACAUAGAUUUCCCCAGCACCAUACAUUCGAUCGCCCAGUUCCUAAACUCCACGCGGGAAUCCCAGGACCCCAGCAUGUACACCCAGCUGGUGGCCACUUUGGCUUUUACCGCCGAAAAAGCCAAGUUUGCCACUGGAAAUGAGCGGCAAGAGUGGAUGGACUUGUUCAUUGACACCUUCAAAAUGGUGCACAGUGAGAUUGUGGGGGACCCAGAGACUGUGCUAGGGCUGUGCUGAGACCUCUCUUGGGAGGCAGAGGCUGAGUGGAGGUAGAACUCAUCACUCCUGUGUGGCAGAAGGGACAGCACAGGAGGAAACGCUUUUAGUUCAGGAGAGACAGAGGCAGUGGAAUGGCUUGGUUGCACUCAUCUGGGGACAGGAUACAAGGAGCAGUUCCCUCCAGCUUGCCCAGCAUGGUGGCUUUCCCCAGCAAUGCCAAGGGAUGCUCUUGCUCUGCCUGCUGCUUUUUUGCCAAGAGCCUAAUGAUGCAUUUCCCCCACAUCUUCCUGCAUAUGUCCUUGCUGACCCCCUCCAAAGCAUCUUCUGCAUCCUCUCUUUUGGUUAACACAGGUUCCCUCUGGGUCCCUUAAAGCUGACUAAGCAAGGUGCAUCCCUGCUCACCACAAUGUCUCUGUGGAAUUCCUCAUGGGCAGCUGGGGGUGUGGAGGGAAGAAGCAAGCAGGACAGGAGGGGGAGCAACCCUCCCUUUCCAUUGUGAGCACUGACACCUGGGCAGUGCUUCUCUCAGAAGCUGUGUGGGCUCCCCUGGCCUUUUUCUCUGCUUGUCCAUUUGUGUUUCCUCUGUCAUAAUCCAAAACAUGUAUCUGUCCACAUACAAAAGGCAGAUACUCUGUCACAUAAUACCAAAUGGUCUAAAGAAAAACUCUUUGACUGAGUUGUUUAAAAGCAAGCUUGAUGUAGUAGAGCUUACUCAAUCCACGCCCAGUGCUGCUUUGUCUCAGAGACCACAGAGCCACCACCUCUGUGGUGUUUGGACAAGGCCUGGUAUCUCCAUCUGCUCAGCUUCCCCUGGUCUCACAAAGUCAGACAGGCGAGUGCCAUUCCCACCUCCAGUUUAACUGCUCUCAAGCUCUAUUUAGAAGUAGUGGGAUUCAUAUGGACACACAGGGGUAGAAGCGCUUACUCUGACUGACAUGGUAUUAUUGCAAUAAAGUAUACUGAACAAGUGUCAUAUUUAAUGGGCAGAAGGGAGAUGUGCCAUCUUCAGGAAUGUGGCUGUAAUAUUUCCAGAUGUUCCCCCAAGGUAAAGGAAGUCAUUGUUUAGAAAUGCUGAAGCACUCUUUCCUCCCAGGACAAGUUGCUCAGAGUACUCUGCUACUUUCAAUGUAGAAUAGAGGGAAAAGAGUUCUGAGUGCUUUACUUGAUGUGCUCUGUGUAUUAUGCGAAAGCAAAAAGAUUAGCCUAUGCCUGACUCUUGUCAUAAUUCACAUAUUCCACAUAGUCUGUGCAAAGCCAAA